GCUUGCUUCAAUAGACGUUUCAUAACUGGCGUUACUUCUACAUAACAUCGUCAGUAGAGUUAUAGAUAUAUUUGGUUUCAAUCAGAAUAUCAUAUUAGACAUGUUGAAAAAUUCUAAAUAAAGUUAGAGGUAAACUACUAAAACAAUGGAUUUGACAUUAGAGAUUGAGCUGAGUGCCUUAAAAAACGAAAUAGAUGCAGAUACCGAUAAUAAAGCGGCAGAAAAGGAGGAAGAUGAAUCUUCACCACUUAAAAGUGGAGAUGAAACAAAAGAAAAGAAUGACGAUAAGAAAAUAUCAUUUAUUGAAAGGUUAAAAAUAAUAAAGGCCAACAUGACCGUUGAGCCUAUAAUGGCUUGCUAUGUGAUGCCUAGUGUUCUAUCGUCGUUAGCUGUACAAAAUUUAAAUUUAGAGAAGGCAUGUUUGGUUAAUCUUAAUUUCAGUGAAGAAGUUUGUGAGGCUUUAAAGUUGAGGCAGACGGAAAACUAUACUAACUACGAAAAAGACGUUCAAACUCUUAUAGCCGGUAUUCAAGCUUGGAAGAAUGUAAUCCAAACAGCAUUACCAGUUAUACUUAUACUUUUUGUUGGUGCUUGGAGUGAUAAUACUGGUAGAAGAAAAGCAUGUAUCCUAAUGCCUAUAGUUGGAGAAUUUCUGACAAGUAUAGGUUUUAUUAUCAACACAUAUUUUUUUUACGAAUUACCGGUAGAAGUAGCUGCCUUCACGGAAUCUAUAUUCCCUGCAUUAACAGGUGGCUGGUUCACGAAUUUUGUAGGAGUGUUUAGUUAUAUAGGUGAUAUUACGACUACAGAAGAGCGCACCUAUAGAGUAGGCAUUGUAAAUCUAUGUAUGACAUUAGGUUAUCCCAUUGGAAGUGCAUUGAGUGGAGUUUUGCUGCGGUGGAUUGGUUAUUAUGGAGUGUUUUCUAUUUCUAGUUCCUUAUAUUUAUUUUGUUUGUGUUAUGGAUACAUAUAUUUGAAAGACCCAAAGAGGAAAAAAGUGGAGAGAAAGGGACGCAACGCAUUCUUCAGUUUCUUUACGGAUUUUUUCAACGUUGCACUUGUACUGGAUACUUUUAAAGUGGCAUUUAAGAAGGGACCCGGUAAUAGAAGACUCAGGGUGGCAUUACUUCUUAUCGUAGUGUGCGUUGUUUUUGGACCAAUGCACGGAGAAUUCUGUGUACAGUAUCUGUUCACGAGAUUUAGGUUCAAUUGGGACGAAGUGCAAUUCAGUAUAUGGUCAACUUAUUGUAUUAUUACUAAUUUAAUUGGUACGGCACUGUCUAUGUCCCUGUUCAGCAGCUACAUGAAACUGGACGACACUUUGUUGGGAAUUAUUUCUUGCACAAGUAAAAUUAUCGGCGCGUUCGCGUACGCCUUCGCUCGGAACGAUCUCGAAAUAUAUUUGGCACCUUUACUUGAGAUACUGAACGGAACUUCGUUCAUAGCGAUGCGUUCUAUAGCCACUAAGCUUGUGAGCGGAGAAGAGUUCGGCAAAGUUAAUUCACUAUUUGGCUUGGCGGAGGCCAUGAUGCCACUGGUGUAUGGCCCUCUUUACUCCCAAGUGUAUACUGCUACCCUGAGUAUACUACCAGGUGCUGUAUUUCUAUUGGGAGCACUGUUGACCCUUCCUGCUAUUGGAAUAUUUGGAUGGUUAUAUUUUGAACAGAAAAAGGAUAUUGACGUAACUAAACAAAAUCUGAAAGUGGAUUCUGUUGAGAAACAAUAAUACUCAUAUUUGAAUAAAUAGGUAGUAAGUUUUAUAGUUCUUCUAUUGAUGAUAUAAUGCAAAUUUAAAUUACACAUAUACACUGUAAAUUGUACAAACUUAUGGACAUAAAGUUUUAAUGUCGCUCUUAAACAAUAAUGAAUGUCAAAUUUGUAUGAGUAAUGUCGCUUAAAACGAAUGUCAAUUUUAAUGGACGUUUGUGCAACUGGCUUAUAGAUAAUCACUUAAAA